CGCCCGGGCCGCACGCAGCCUCUGCCUAUAAAGGGAGCGCUCGGGCCCCUCGGCGCCACCACGCGUUGGACAAGCACGAGUGAUCCUUCUCUUGCUCUGGACCUGAAGCCUCACCUCUGACCGACAUGGACCCCAACUGCUCCUGCUCCACUGGUGGCUCCUGCACCUGUGCUGGCGCCUGCAAAUGCAAAGACUGCAAAUGCACCUCCUGCAAGAAGAGCUGCUGCACCUGCUGCCCCGUGGGCUGUGCCAAGUGUGCCCAGGGCUGCAUCUGCAAAGGAGCGUUGGACAAGUGCAGCUGCUGUGCGUGAUGUUGGGGAGAGCUUGCUCUCCGUUGUAAAUAGAGCAAUGUCUACAAACCUGCAUUUAAAAAUAUUUUUUCAUAAACCCUAACCCCAUUACUAUGCUCCUUUUUGUAUGAAAUAUUUGAAUGACAAUAAACUUAUCUAGACUCUUCUGG